AAAGACGCAAAACCCACCAUCAAAACAAAGUGUGAGCGCAUGCGUGGUGCCGGAACAAAGCUGCCCGUGAGCCAGCCAGCGUGAGUCUCAGUCAGCAACACCCACCCCCGUUAGUUGUAACCUGGCAAGCAAAGAGGAAGUAUGUUCGCCUCUCUUCUCCUCAAGGCCAGCCAGAUCUAGGCGACCUUCGCACUUAAACCACCUGGAUUUGCAUUACUCUCCAGCGAAUAGAACUACAGCGGAUCUAUCCACAGUGAUCACCUAUCCGCUCCACCUGCAAGCCUCGUCAACGCCACCACCUGUCACCCACCUGUUAAGCCAGAUUCUCGCUCCACCUCCUACAGAGCCACACAACAUUUGCGGUCUCGUAUCCUCAGCUCCCUAGGUCACCCUUGACUGGGUCACUUGUCGUGCCACCACAAGUCAAAAAGGUCACGUCACUGAUCCCACGAAGAAGUCAGAGUUUGCACCAGAAGUAGUGGGCGGCUCAGUCCUCCCAUCCCCCCCCCAACACACACCGCUGGACAGUCUCACGAGUCUUCCGCUGCCUCACAUGUAAGGUCACGAUGCCGGAGAAGCACCGCAGAUCAGAGGUCGUGAAGCUGACUUCCGCCGCGCCGAGGGAGGCCGAGACAGAGGUGUCACCUUGUGGGUCCUUGAAGGUAAGCCCACCAUGGGGCUCCCUGCCAGACCAGUCCAGCAGUAACAGUAGCAGCAGCAGCAGCAAUAGCAACAACAACAACAACAAUAACAACAACAACAACAACAGAAACAGGAGCUUCCCCAGCAACAGAGGGUCACGGGCAGUGGGUCGGGCGGGCCAGAUCUCUCAGAUCAGCGAGGGCCUCUUCCUGAGCGGUGCUCGCGCCGUGCGUCCUGCCCGCAUGUCCGAGCUGGGCGUGACUUGUGUCGUGAACGCCACCACAGAACUGCCUAACGCGCCGCUGCAGGGCGUCCGCGUGGUAGCGGUGCGGGUGGCGGACGAUCCUUCAGCGGACCUGGCCAGUCACCUCGCCGCUGCCGCCGACACCAUCCAUCAGGAGCUGUGUGGUGGCGGCCGCGUGCUGGUGCACUGCGUGGCGGGCGUCAGCCGUUCGCCGGCCCUGGUGCUCGCCUACCUGGUGCGGCAUGGCGGCAUGACUCUGCGAGAGGCCUUCCUGCACGUGCGGGCGGCGCGGCCCUCCGCCAGACCCAAUAGCGGCUUCUUUUCGCAAUUGAUCGAGUUCGAGCGUGAGGAGCGAGGCUGCGGCAGUGUGGUGCUGCACCUCACUCCCGGGGGCUGGGUGCCCGAUGUGUGCCUGGAGGAGGCGGCGGCCAUGCAGGACAAGAGCUGCCUCGCGGCCCUCAGCGACAGGCGGGGACUGCAGAGGGUGUACGCGUAGCACACCGUGGCGCCUGCUUAUUGUGCUCGGUGUAAGCUUAGAGAGAGAGAGAGAGAGAAAUCAUUACCAUAUACAAAUUAUACAUCGGAAGACAGGUUAUGCAGUUGGAGGACAGCAGCAGCAGUAGAAAUCAUAGCAGCAGUAAUAGUAGUAAUUGUUAUUGUUGUUAUUGUUAAGGUAGUGCAUGGUAGCAGUAGUAGUAGUAGAAGUAAUAGUAGUAGUAGCAGUAGUAAUAGUAAUAGUAGUAGUAAUAGUAGUAGUAGUGGAAGUGGUAGUAGUAGUAGUAGUUGUUGUUGUUGUAGUUGUAGUAGUAGUAGUAAUAGUUAUAGAAGUAGUAGACACAGGAGUAACAGCAGCACUGCAGUAGUUUUAGUACAAGCACUAUGCACUGAAUGAACAUUAAUACACUCUUAAGGUUAUGCAGACCACGAUCUCGUUCUAAUGAUAAGGAUUUUCGACACACGCACAUGUAAGGGGAAGGGAGAGGGUGUGUGCAGCAACGCUCCCCUCACCCUCACCUCCCACCAGCGCUUCUGGAAUAGCUUGGCGAGGCGAGGGGAAUAGCUAAGGAAAGAGAGAGGGAAAAAUAUCAUGUGUUCUAUAUAUUUUUGUAUUUGCCUUUGUAAUCUCAAAAAACACAUAAUAUAUAUUCAUACUUAUA